GGUUGUUUGUCCGGCUGCGUUCUGCUCGAUGGCGUAACGACACACAGAUCGACUGGCGACGGCGGCAGGAAGCAGCUAGGACCUGUCCAGGUGUGGCUGGCUUUUUCUGCGCGUCGUCGGAGCGCCGCGCGGCACACGCUCGUUUGGAGAGGCACGAUAAGGAGUGAUUAGAGUAAUGCAAACCCUGGCUGGCUGCGGGGUCGCAACGCGCGACCAAUGCGCCUCCAGCCUCGCAGAGCAAGCUUGCUCAGAGGUCUGGCUGAAAAUUGAAGGCCGCGAGCGAUUGACUAGACGCAGCAAAAGUUGCGUAGGAAUCGCGUACGAGAUCGCAGCGAUCGCCCGAGCACGCGAAACGCAUUUGUGCGGACACUGACACAGCAAUGAGGCAUCUCUCAUGGGCUGUGCUGGCGGCAUCGCUGCGACAAGCUACACCACUUCGUAUGACGACCCGCCGUAGCCUCGGUCAGCUCUGCGGCACAGCGUUUACGAGCAUCACCGCGCCCGCGCUCGCGCUCGACCCGGCGUUCCCGCGCGUCGACGAGGGCAGCGACAAGGGCUCGAUCUUGACUGCAAAACCGCUCGAGUGGAUCCGGAUCAAGCGCCAGCUCGACGCCGACGAGUCGUUGCAGGAGCUCGCGGAUCCGAACUUGCGGGACUCGCCCGGCCAACGAUUGUCGAAGGUGCUGCGGCUCGAGGACGCCAUCCGCGCCAUGGGCCCGCAGCUCGCGACGGCCGACGGCCGAUCGUUGGCCGCCGCCGCCUUGGCCUCGCCGUCCUUCGAGACGAAGGCGAUCAAGAAGGCGUUCAACGCGUACUCGGACAAUGUUUAUUAUGAGAAGGGCGACUCCGACCGCGCGAACCUCUACCUCCUCGGCGGUACACCACCAAGCUCGAAGCAGACGAUCCAGUACAUGCCUGUUUCUGUGUGAAAAUCAGAUUUCCGGCGCCCCACCGUUUCCACACAGGAAUCGGAACGACGCCUUGGACCAGGUCCAGCUACUGCGGGACGAACUCGACUACCUCAAGAAGAACCCGGCGGAAACAUCGGAGGACGUCGUCGCGGCGCAGCGCCAGGCCGUGAAAGCCUUCGACAACUACUUCGCGCUCGCGCCGGCCGACGACAUUAGAGCAGCACGCGCUAUUGUCGGCCCGGGCGGGCCAGGAACUAGGAACUAGUAAUGUGA